AUGAAAUCGAGAGUUGUGUUUCGGAAUCCGGACUUGCAAACUAGGACGUUGGUUGAAAGAAGCAAGCCUGAAGGUGAACUUAGAGAACCUGAAAAACUGGAAGAGUCAAAUCAAUCCCAGGAAAAUUAUCCCUCACCUGAAUAUCCCCGGCCACUAGGUAUCUCAGAAGAACGGUUGAAGUAUUGGGACCUGAUGAUUGGGGGCCAGCUGAGUGACCCUAAAGUAUUGGCAAAAUUCAAUGAACAACUUGAAAAGUCUUCAUCUGAAAUAUUGGAGAGGGAGAUUGGGCAUGAUAAUCAGUUAUCCCCAAUCCUACGUGAGUCACGCGUCAAGGAAUUCCUACCACGCCUUAUCAAGAUCUUUCUUUACCGUCGCGGGAUAGACUUCAAGAAUCGAGAAAACGAACAAGUGCCAUACUCUUUGGACUGGUUGGACAAAUUUCGAACAUACGCAGAAACGCCCUAUGGCAUAAAAACCCCUCCUGGCGAGGAAGGUAUUAAUUCUGAAGCGACUAUGCGUCGAAGGAUAACUGGCGCCCUAUACAAUCAUUUCAAAAAGACGAUACGCGGUUUGGGUCUUAGUGAACUCGAGCUUUCGCCUAAGUUCGAAGAAAAACACAAUGCACUUUUGGGGAACCAGUUGGACCGAAAUAGAAAAUUCCUGCGAGCAUUCCAUUUCGAAUACAGCCAUGCGGAUGAUAAUCAGCUGCAAAUCCUACGUGCAAUUCUCUUGGACCUAAAUUCAGAAUUGGAAAGAUUGGUUAAUCAGAUCCAUGAUGGACCCCACCGGGUUUCCAUUGAUUUUCCUAGUCACAUCAACUCAGUCUCUUGCACGGAGCUCGACUUUGCGCUCCGGCGGAUAUUUUUUCUUUCAAAAAAUUGGCCUCAUGGGAACCCUUCGCGGAAAAAGAAGAUUGAAGAUUCAUCUGGACUGAAAAACCUGAGGUUGCGAUACAAGAGAAUUGAUGGUUUCCUCCAGCUUAUCGAUAAAGCACGCGGCUUAUCAACGGCCGACGAGGAUCUUCGGGUCACUGCAUCCCGACUGGCUGAUUUCCGCAAUCAAAUAUUGAAAGAUUUCUCGAAAAUCUCUUCGAAAGCCGUUCCAGAGGGAACAACCUCGGUUUGGUUACCUCGCAAUGAGCUAGAUGAACUUUUGAAUGGUCUUCAGGAGUUGAAUGUGGAUAGAAUUUACUCGAUGGAUCUAUCUGACUAUCAGAUGAAAUGGCUCGGCCUCCCUCCAAACAAUCCCACAAGCAUCGAUGACGGUUCGAGGAUUGUUGGAGCAGUGAGUGAAAAAACAGAUCCCAAAGUAUAUAAGGGCCAUGUACAUUUCGACCCAAAGAAGUUUCAUCCGGAACUUCUCAAACAGUUGGAAGCAAAAAUUUAAAGAAUAACAAGCCCAGCACU